GUCGACAACUCAGCCUGUUUCGGGCGUUACCUACUUUUCAGCCGCUUGUAAACAUUACAGCUGUCACCUAUUGGUGCUUGGUGCCUCAACCGUCAACCUAGCAACCCUCUAUAACAUCCAAAUCCAGUCAAAACAACUCUUCAACGCCAUCUCUCGAAUUGUUUGCAUCUUCGUAGGCCGCAUAUCCUGCACCGCAUCGCACAGCCACGGGAAAAUUAACAUACCUCUUGUAAAUCGUUUCUUUUUUUUUAUAUUCUCCCCCGGGAGAAAUGAAUUGCCAAUAGCCACCAGAUAAUCUGCAGCUUUUACCUCUCAGUAUGGCCUCUGAUGGGCAACCUGUAACGCAGCCUUUGCGUAUUGCUAAGAACAAUAAUAACAACAACAACACACCGACUACAUCUCCAAUUAAGAGUAGCAUUCCACGUCCGUUGUCUGAGAUCUCGGCCACUGAGCAGCGAAGAAACUCACCGAGUUGGAACCCGUCCCCAAAGGUGAUUCCAUUCUAGAUCCAGUUUCAAAUCCAUAUUGACUCUUGCUAACCCCAAUCGUGUCAGAAGAUGGGUCUUAAUACAGAUUCAUCUCCAUUCCAGUCAUCUCCCCUGGAUGGUACAACUUCACCGCGCCUGUUUUGGCAGAAUCGCAAUGUCAACAACCGCGUCGAAAACGAUUUCUAUGGAGGUCGUACUGGUUCCCCGUUGCCUACAAGGCGUUCCUCUAUUGAGCGCCUGCAAAAGGCGUCGCGCGUGAAGAAUAGUACUAUGUUUGCUCGGGAACAAAAACAGGAAUACGAUCCUAUGCGAAUACCAGCAAUCGAACGCCCUCUUGCCAAGGUCCAAGGCAAUACUUUUGCCAAUAACUUUCAAUCCACCCACGGCCGUUCAGAUAGCCAGACCAGUAUCUCCCUAUACACUCCUACAAAGACUGGCGCCACUCGUUCAUCCCCUGCUCCACAAGCCCCAAGCCCGAGUAAAGACCAAGCGUCCCCGACUAAAUCAUCUCUAUCCUCUUCAACCCGCUUGAAGAGCAGCCAGGAUUUACACAGUGACGUUUUCACCGACACAUCAUUCGAAAACCAUGAACUACCAAGUGGCAAGUCGCUUCACCGCCACGCUAAGUCUGUAACCUUCGAUGCUGCCCCACCUCAAAUUAACGAAUAUGAAAUGGCGACCCCCGACAUGUCUUCAGUGGGCACAAACUCCCGAGAAGGUAGCUUUGAGGAUGACGAGGAUGAUGAUGAUGAUGACUAUAUCUACGGCCAUUAUCCCGGAGGCGAAAUGGAUGGCCAGGAUGAUAGUUUCGAUGCGACACUAGAAGACACAGACAAGACUCCAGUUGUUGGGCCUGAUGAUUGGCGCCAAGACAGAGACACGCGCUUCGAUAGUAGUCCAAUGCCUGAAGGUGCCUUAUCACAAGCCAUGUCUCCCCAUUCGCAACAUUCACGUACGGAUUCCUCCACUUCCAGCAGUGAGCAUCGACCACUCCCUCCUCUUCCAGGAAUGGGCCAUGCUCGGUCUCAGUCGGCAUCUUCCAAUGGGCUGUCUGCUACAGCAGAGCGUAUGCUAGGCUCUCCACGAAGUCUCCCUUCACCACCGCCUGCUUCAAUAAACAAGUCCGAUCUCCAGAAUAUUGGCAAUGGUAGCAUGUCUUUGGAAGAGCGACUCAAGCUUAUGAUGCUGGAUGAGACAAGCCCUAAGUCUGAUAGCUCCGCAAAGAUGUAUGCCGAACAACAGCGGGAGCGUCGCAUGCGGAGAGCAGGUACUCGUGACAGAGCCUCAAGUCCUACUCCAGAUCAUGGAGACCACGAAGACCAAGAUCACGAGGAUCACGAGGACCAUGAUGAUGAUCAUGAUGAUGAUAACAACCAUGAUGACCACGACGAUGAAGGCAAUGAGGAGGAUGACACUGUGGGUGAUCUAUCUGGACUGGAUAUGGACUAUCAGCUCCCCAGCAUCUCUCGACAAUCAAUCCUGCGCCGUGUUAAUGGCAACAGAGCGCUUGAUCGAGGCUCUGAAUUCACCUUCUUGUCACCGGGUCCUGAGUCAGGCCUAUCCCGCAACAUACCUUAUGACCCCGACGUCCCCAUCGCUAGUAUCGAAGAUUCGAUUCUUGAUGACGGUGAGGAAUCGAAUGAGGACAGUGUGGUUCAUCAUGAGAGCGAGGAUGAUAAAGGUGACGUCUAUGACCUAUUCCAACGGCCUGAAGACGAUGAUGUGGCGUCUCAAAAGGAUGGUCAUGAUAACCGUAACGACCGUGAUGAACACGAUCACAGUGAGCACAGCGAUGACAGCGAUGACAGUGACCACGAUGAUGAUACAGAGAGUCAAUACUCGGACGAGGCCGAGAAGCCCCAGCCUGGGGAUGCACAGCCUGAGGAAGAGUCCGUGAUGACUCCUCGAGCAGCAAGUCCAGUGCCUGAAGGUGCUAUUACCAACUUCAGCGCUACCCUUCCCCAGAUAUCUAGUUCCUCGAGAGAGGCGGACUUCUCUCGUAGUUUACAAUCUCAUAUGCUUCCGAAGCCUAAGGAAGCAGGUGCGCUCACACACUCAGAGAGCCACAAAGAACCAGAGUCGCAGUCUUACGCACAACGAUCAAAGACUCCAGAAAAGCUUAUAUCGAAGCCUGUAUAUGAUGGCUCUGGAUGGGGAGACCCUGAAGAGGAGGAGUAUGUAUCAGAGGAACCAGGUACUCCUGAAUCUGUUAUCCACCAUCCUAUCUCUGAUUCUGAAGAUGAUUAUGACGAAGAGAUGGAGGAAGGUGAAGAGGUAGAUGAGGCUGAACGAGCCAGGCAGGCUGAGGAAGCUGAGGAACGUGAAGCGAUUGAGGAAUUUUCCAUUGAGUCGCCUGCUAUUCCUGAGCGUGAGGCAACCAUCAAGUCUACUUCUGGCUCCAAACUGAAGACGCGCGCCUCUGCAACUCCGUCGGAUAUUAUUGCUAUGCGUGAAGCCCGCCGACAAGUAAGCCGAGAGGUUGCGCCUAUAGUACCACCAAUUCCAGACAGGCAUCGAAACCGGCUUUCUCGGGAUUUGGCACCUGAUUCCUUGGAUAUUCCUACCGGCGACGAUUAUAUCGAACGGCACCCAAGCUUUAAGCAGCGUAGUUUAACUUUAGAUCUCGACUUAGGUCUCAGUCUUGACCAAGACUUUGAGCGGGUCAUCGAAGCACAAAAGGUCAAUAACCAAUUCCUUCCCCACGCAUACCACUCUCUUGCAACACUUGAGGAGCCGGAAAGACAAGCGUCAGGCUCCGAUCUUCAAAUAACUGAUAAUACCAACUUCAACCUUGGAACACCUAAGACUAACAUUGGAUCUUCACGACAGCGAGGUUACCUUAUGCGCCAAAACACAAAGCUUGUCACAGCCAGCGACAAAGAAACCGAAGAAGCGCGAGCAGGCACCCGCUCUGCUGGAAAUUCUCCGAUCAAACAGCAACGCCCUCAGUCUUGGACCGUCGAGCCUUGGAAUGGUAAGCAUAGAAAAAGCAUUAAGAAGCGAAACGGCCCAAGCCUCGGUGGUCAGGCACCACCUUUACCAAACCAGGAGAGCAAUUCAACAGCAAUGAGUUCGUUACCUGAGGAAGAUAGCCACGAGCUGGCAACCGAGGAGUGCGGCGAGCGAGGCAGACUAUUUGUCAAGGUAAUGGGCGUGAAGGAUCUCGAUCUUCCGUUGCCUAAGAAUGAACGAACAUGGUUUAGCCUUACUCUUGACAACGGAGUACACUGUGUGACCACAUCCUGGCUCGAGCUGGCUCGUAACGCGCCGAUCGGCCAGGAGUUCGAACUUGUCGUCCCCAACGAGUUGGAAUUCCAGCUCACCCUUAACGUGAAGCUGGAAAAGCCUCCGCCGGAGCGCGUAACAGUUGCACCAACCAAGGCGCUAAAGCCAAAGUCAUCUACUUUCUCUCGUGUCUUCGCUAGCCCCAAGAAGCGGAAGGAGAUGGAAGCUCGCCUUCGCGCCGAAGAGGAAGCCUAUGCCCAGGCUCAGCGCGAUGCCGCUACGAAGCACAAGAGUGUUAUGCCUACAGCGUGGGAUCUACUAUCUCCUCUGGCGGCAGAAGAUGGAACCUUCGCGCGUGCAUAUGUCUGCCUUAAGGAGCACGAAUCCCGCUGCUAUGGACGACCAUACAUGGUGGAGAUUGCGACAUUCAACGAAUGGGCUACCGAGGAGCCUAACUUUGCCAACAGCGUCAAGAGCAAGCGCUCAGGAGUCCCCAGCAACUCGGUCGUACGCCGUGCGCCCUACAAGAUCGGCAAACUGGAGGUGCAACUCCUCUUCGUACCACGACCUAAAGGAUCCACCAAUGAAGACAUGCCGAAGAGCAUGAACAUGUGUAUCCGCGAGCUGAAAGCAGCUGAAGAGAGACUGUCUAGAAAUUGGGAGGGCCACCUUAGCCAACAAGGAGGAGAUUGCCCCUAUUGGCGUCGUCGCUACUUUAAACUUGUUGGCACCAAGCUUACGGCUUAUCAUGAAACAACCCGCCAACCUCGUGCCACGAUUAAUCUCUCUAAUGCCAAGCGACUUAUUGAUGAUCGACGACAGCUAACAGACCCUGAGACCACGGGCCGCGGCGGCAAACGUCGUCGUUCUGCCUUCGCGGAAGAGGAAGAAGGCUAUAUGUUUGUUGAAGAGGGUUUCCGUAUACGCUUCAACAACGGCGAAAUUAUCGAUUUCUAUGCCGACACCCGCGAAGACAAGCAAGGCUGGAUGAAGGUCCUCGGCGAUGUUAUCGGUCGAGCUGGAGAAGAGGAGGAGACUACUAACGGUCCCAAUUCCCGCCGAAAGUGGUGUGAACUUGUUCUUAAGCGGGAAGAGAUGCUUCGCAAGCGCGCCGAGACCAGACGAGUUCAUUCGAGAACUAAGAGCAUGAUCGUAUAAGGCUCAGAUGGCUUCGCCCCCAGACUCUCACGAACGAUAUCUGGCGUCAGAGAAAACGACGAAACGACGAUUAUGCCCGAAAUGAUCUGUUGGACCUGCUUACGAACGAAUUCAUGAUCAUCAAGACGUACGGUACGCUAUUCGAGUUCGCCCUUUCCGCCUUGCCAUUGCGCCAUGACUCCGGUUUUGUUUCCUCGUCGACUUGAUUCUUUUUUUUUCUUUUGACGAAUACGCACCGCGGCCAGUUUGGCCUACCGUAACAGAUACUAUACUACUUUUUCUUUUCUCAUUCUGGCUCCGGAAGUACAGGAUUCUUCUUUUUGUUUCAUAAUUCUGGUUCUUUGUAUAGGUCUAAUUAAUCGCGACGAUCGAUGGUUAUUUUGUUUGACCUUUUUUUUUUAUCAGCCCCGCCUGGAUGCUCACGCAAUCAAAAAGAUGUCUUUUUGUCUUUUUUCUGGUUUGUUUUAUCUUUUUAUUCCUCGCGCAGAGAUUGGAGACGAAGAGAGGAGGACAGAGAGAGUAUGUGUGUCUGUCUGUGUGUAUGUUUGUGUGGAAAGGAAGACGAGAUUAUUUGGAAGAUUAAGUUCAUUCCUAGUCUUCCCCUUUCGAAGGUAAUCGAGGACGAAAGCAAAGAAAAAGAAGAAAAAA